ACCACACUGAACUAAUAACAUCUGUUUUGUUUCAUUAUAAGAUAAUCUACAGAAAUAAAAAUACUAGAAGGAACAAGAUGAUUUUGAUCCACGGAGACCUUUUCCAUUGCAGGUGUUAAUUAUCCACAGCCAGCAGUUGAAGUUAGCAUCUUUACUUUCCUUCACAAUUGUUGUUGGAUUUUUUUUUCAUGUUUCUCAGUGAAUAGAUACAGGAAUGAGCCUUCUAAGAAUUACUUUUUCAACUCAUAACUUGUUUUCAUCACAACUAUUAAGGCUUAGCAUUUUUCUACUGCUUAGCCUUCCUGAUUCAAAAGGAAAAGCUAUUUGGACAGCCCAUCUAAAUAUAACAUUUCAGGUAGGAAAUCGAAUCAUAUCUGAAUUAGGAGAAAGUGGAGUAUUCGGGAAUCAUUCUCCUCUGGAACGAGUUUCUGGUGUCGUGGUACUUCCUGAAGGAUGGAAUCAGAAUGCUUGUAAUCCCAUGACCAACUUCAGCAGGCCUGAACAAGCAGAUUCCUGGUUGGCCCUCAUUGAACGGGGAGGCUGUACUUUCACACAUAAAAUCAAUGUGGCAGCCGAGAAGGGAGCAAAUGGGGUGAUCAUCUAUAACUAUCCAGGUACUGGCAACAAAGUAUUUCCCAUGUCUCACCAAGGAACUGAAAAUAUUGUGGCGGUGAUGAUAGGCAACCUGAAAGGCAUGGAGUUACUGCACUUAAUUCAGAAAGGAGUUUAUGUGACAAUCAUCAUUGAAGUGGGGAGAAUGCAUAUGCCGUGGCUCAGCCAUUAUGUUUUAUCUCUGUUUACCUUCCUGGCUGCCACAAUUGCCUACCUUUUCUUGUACUGUGCCUGGAGACCUCGAGUGCCCAGUUCUUCCAUUAGUAGGCGAAGACAGAUAAAGGCAGAUGUGAAGAAAGCAAUUGGUCAGCUUCAGCUGCGAGUACUCAAGGAAGGGGACAAGGAGUUAGAUCCAAAUGAAGACAAUUGCGUUGUUUGCUUUGACAUAUACAAGCCUCAAGAUGUAGUACGUAUCUUGACUUGCAGACAUUUUUUCCAUAAGGCAUGCAUUGACCCCUGGCUUUUAGCCCAUAGGACAUGCCCCAUGUGCAAGUGUGACAUUCUGAAAAAUUAAGAAACCUAGAGAAUCCUCUAAAGAUGUGAAGUACCAACUUCUUUCAAAGGAUGAAAAUUUGAUGGAUCUUUAAAAGACUUUAUGUAGAGAAAAUUCAACCUCAGCUUCUCUACCCAAAUCCUAAAGAAGGUGAAAGUCAUGUGGUUUUCAAAUAAAAUUCCAUAUCAUGCCUAGAUA